AGAAAAAUGUUGCUCUUAAAGCUGGUUCAAGUGAUGAUUCAAGUGCUUCAAGUGAUGAUGAUGAAGACAUGGCUAUGAUAGUCAAAAGAUUCAAAAGAGCAUUUAGAAAAGGUGGAAGCAAAUACAAGAAGUUCACAAAGAAAUAUGCUCCAAAGACUCCAAAUCAUUCAAGUGAAAUAGUUUGUUAUGAGUGUAACAAACCAGGCCACAUUAAGCCAAAAUGUCCUACAUUGAAGAAGAAAAAUAAGUUUAGAAAGGACAAAAGCAAAAAGGCAAUGGCAGCAACUUGGAGUGACAGUGAUUCUUCAUCAAAUGAUGAAACAAGUGACAAAGAGGCUGCAAACACUUGUAUGAUGGCAAUUGAAGAAAAAGGUGAAAGCUCACACAUCGAAGAUAGUGAAAAUGAGGUCUGCCUAAGGAGUAUGCUGGAAACAGAACAUUGGUACUGAUAGUGGCUGCUCUAGGCACAUGACAGGAAAUAAAGGCAAGUUUUCCUCUCUUACGUUGAAAGAAGGAGGUUAUGUGAAAUUUGGUGAUAAAAGCAAAGCUAAAAUUGUUGGAUGUGGAACUAUUGGUAAAAAUCCUUGCAUUGAGAAUGUUGCAUUAGUUC